UCAUAGCAAUAAAAGUCUUAUCCACCAUCACACACUUUUAGGAAGAUUUAUCCUUCUCCAUUUCUGCCCCAUUUUGGGAGCCAAUCACCUCCCUUCUCUUGAUCUCUCUUCUUAGCUUGCUUCUUCCCCCAUCUCUCUCUCUCUCUCUCUCUCUCUCUCUCUCUGAUCGAUUGGUUUGAUCACUUUCUCUUUUCUUAAUUAAUUUGCUUGACCAGUUCGGAAAGAAGGCGGUUGUGUGAUUAGUAGUGAAGAUCGAAGUUGCAAAUAGAGAGAGAAGGGGAGGGGAGGGGAGCAGAAGUGAAUAGGGGAGAGACUGGGGAUGAAGAUCCAGUGCGACGUGUGCGAGAAGGCGGCGGCGACGGUGAUAUGCUGCGCGGACGAGGCUGCGCUGUGCGGCAGCUGCGACGUGGAGAUCCACGCCGCCAACAAGCUGGCCAGCAAGCACCAGCGCCUCCUCCUCCUCGACUCCCUCUCCAACAAACUCCCCCGCUGCGACAUCUGCCAAGAGAAGGCGGCUUUUAUUUUCUGCGUGGAAGAUCGAGCCCUCUUCUGCCGGGAGUGCGACGAGCCAAUCCACGUCCCCGGCGCGCUCUCCGGUGAGCACCAACGCUAUCUCGCUACCGGAAUUCGCGUCGGUCUCCGCUCACUGUGCAACAAGGACUCGGAGAAAAACCGCUCUGGGCCACCCGAAUGCAGCCCCUCCCUCCUCGUGCCUAAAGUUCCCGCUGCGCAAGCGGCCCCUGCUCCGCCCGUGCCCGCGCCGUGGAUUGUUGAUGAUUUCCUCCAGUUGUCAGAUUAUGAAUCUAGUGAUAAGUUUCAGAAGGAAUCUUCUCUUGGUUUUGUUGAGUUAGACUGGUUCGAGGACGUCAGCCUCUUACAAGACCAAAUGCCGAAGGGGGCACCGACAGCGGCCGAAGUCCCCGAAGUCCCCACCUCGCAAACAAGCAGCACCGCAUUCUACAAACCCAGCAACAAAUCCAACAUAUCUUUCAAGAAGCCUAGAAUCGCGCUCUCCGACGACGAGGAGUUCUUCGUUGUGCCUGAUCUCGGUUAAACAGAAAACUCGAAAAUCUACUAUAUGUCACAUAAUAUGUCAUAAUGUUAUGGCCAUAAUGUACACAUUUUAUACAGCGCAUGCAGAUGGAUAUGUCUUGUUGGCCUCUAUGAAGUUUUUUUUUUUCUUUUUUUUUUUUCUUUUUUUUUGGGUAUGGCUAAGCUGUUGUUUGCACUCUUUAUCUUUAAGAGACUGGUUGGGAGUUAUGUUGAAAAUGGCUUUUCUAUUA